UCGCUACGACGACUUACCCCACAACACGCUCGUGAAAGCAGCUCCGAACGACUGACCGGCCGUCGCGAUCGCGAUGGCUCUCUUGCUUCGACGUUCGCUUUUUCCGCAGCGAUUCGCCUUAUGUCGUGUACUCUCUACUGAUGCUCCUGCUAUGGAUGAAGAGUUCCGCACAAUUGAUUUGUACCAAAGGAACACAGAGGAAAGAAAAAUGACGCGAACCAACCGAACAAGACAAAUCCGUCAGAAACGAGCUGAUCGUAUGCCGGUGGAUCAGCACUGGCCGUCUGUAUGGCCCGUGGCUGCAUCGUUCAAGCCCAGCGUAGUUCCGCUGCCCGUACGUCAAGGCGUUGCGCGGAAGACGAGCCCGCCAGUUGCGAAAGAGGGGAACCUGGAACUCAUGAAAAUCCCCAAUUUCUUACAUCUUACACCCCCAGCGAUCGAAGCGCAUUGUGAGGCCUUGAAGAAGUUCUGCACCAAAUGGCCGGAGGCUCUGACGGAUCGGCGCAGCAAGAAUUGGUUGACGAUCACGACAUCUGAUUACCUCAACGCAGGUCCCAGUAUCAGAGACGAGCGUGCGCGCAUUGUCACGCUUAAAUUAAGGCUGAAAGCCUUGGAGCUGGACAAACAUUCUCGAGAAAAGCUCAUCACAAUCUUGGGCGAAAGGUACAAUGCCAAAAAAGACGAACUAGUGAUCGUCACAGACCGCUGCCCCUUGCGCCGCCAGAACUUGGAAUAUUCGUUAUUUGCGCUGACAGCAGCGUAUCAUGAAUCGUGGAUCACCGAAGAAUGGGAGCUCACGGAUCGACAGGAGGCCGACAUGUUCGAAUUCACUUGGGAAGAUUCGAGGAGCGAGAAGUACGCCAAGGAAUACGCCAGCCAAGCCAAAAACGUCUCCGAGAAGGUGAUCGAAGAGUAUGGUGGAGCGCUCAAGCAGCUGAAGGAUCAGGGAGACAAUAUCUAUAAUUUGGAUGCAUACAAGAAAGCGGUUCUGGCGCUCAUGAAUCUGAAAACGCCACAAAGUCAGACAACUGUUCAAUAGGGUGGUUUGUGAUGAAGCAUAGAUGAAUGAACGGAUGAAUAAAAUUCGAUGGAAUUCCUG